GAAAGACUGAAAAGGAAAAUAUUAACAUGUAAGGAAAUGGUGAGAAACAAAUCAUGGCACAAUUUAGAAGAAAUAAUUGAAAUGUCCCUAGGAAGUAAAGUCUUUGUUACACGUGAAGUAAAAUAAGCAAAUAUGUUAGUUAUUUAUUUUACUAUAUAUACAUUUAUAUAUUGUUCAAUUUAUUGUUUUAUUAUUCAGAUGUAGGAUAUUUUCAGAAUAAAGGGUUAAGAAAGAUUCAGGGUUAAAAAUCUUGCUUCAGAUUGUUUUUGAAUAUGAGUUCAUACCUAAAACAAUAUGUACAGCCUUUAGUUUAUUCCAAAAUUUUCUUUUUUUUUUAAAUCAUAAUUCUCUCCUUUAAUUCAUCUGAAGUUGAAAAUGAGAAACCAAACGUCAGUGAUAGAGUUCAUUCUUCUUGGAUUGACAGAUGACACCGAGCUUCAGGCUGUGCUUUUCCUUUUUCUGCUACUAACUUAUGUCUUAAGUAUUAUGGGAAAUUUGACCAUCAUCAUUCUGACCCUGCUGGAUUAUCGCCUCCAGAGUCCUAUGUAUUUCUUCCUCCGGAAGUUUUCCUUUCUAGAAAUUUCCUUUACCUCUGUCUUUGUUCCCAAAACUCUAGUCAAUAUCAUAACUGGAGACAAGACUAUUUCCUUUGCUGGUUGCUUCACUCAGUAUUUUUUUGCCAUCUUUCUCGGAGCCACCGAAUUUUACCUUUUAGCCGCCAUGUCCUAUGAUCGCUAUGUUGCCAUCUGUAGACCCCUGCAUUACGUAACCAUGAUGAGUAGGAGACUGUGCAUUCAACUUGUCCUAUGUUCCUGGUUCUCUGGUUUGUUAGUUGUCCUUGUGCCACAUAUAAUGACUCUCCAGCUGCCCUUCUGUGGGUCCAACAUCAUCAAUCAUUAUUGCUGUGACUACACUGUACUGUUGCAUUUGUCCUGUUCAGACACAUAUUUCAUAGGAAUGAUUGAGUUUUUCCUUGCUGGGGUGACGCUCAUCUUCACAUUGGUGUUAGUGAUUCUUUCCUACACAUACAUCAUCAGGACGAUUCUGAGAAUCCCCUCUGCUCAACAAAGGAAAAAAGCUUUUUCUACUUGUUCCUCUCACAUGAUUGUGGUCUCACUUUGUUAUGGAAGCUGUAUCUUUAUGUAUAUAAACCCCUCUGUUAAGAAUGCAGCCACUUUUAAUAAGGGAGUGGCUGUGCUAAAUACCUCAAUUGCCCCUCUCUUGAACCCAUUCAUCUAUACCCUAAGGAACCAGCAAGUGAAAAUAGCCUUCAAAGAUAUGGUUGGUAAGAUACAAUUAUUUUUUCAAGAAAGUAAAACUAUUUGAGGUCCAUCAUUAAAACAAAGAAUAAAGAAAUGUUUGAAAGACUAAAGGUGGACUUUAUAGUAAUUUAGAAAUAUUUUUUCUGCAUUAUGUCAAUAAUAUUCCUAAUUGAACAGUGAAACUAUGUAAUUAAGCUGAUUUUAUCACCAU